CACCACCGGCAACCUGCCGCCGGUGGACAACAACUACUACACCACUCUUCUCCCUCCGUAUACCAUCCUAAUAGAGUGGCUGAUUUAUGUGUUGAAGACUGGUACAGAUACGUCGAAGCAGAAUGCUGCUUGUGGGUUGUUGAGUUUAGCAUUGGUUGAUGAGUACAAGAUGUCAAUUGGUGCUUGUGGGGGUAUACCUUCGUUGUUUUGUUUGCUUGUAAACGGAAUAGAUAGAGGGAAAAAGGACGCGUUUACAACGCUUUAUAAGUUGUGUUCAGUGAGAUUGAAUAAGGAAAGGGCAAUUAGUGCUGAUUGUAGCGAAGCCAUUAGUAGGGUUACUUGGUGAACAAGGGAAUGGAUUAGCGAAAAAGACGAUGGUGGUGUUGAGUAUAUUGGCAGGGAUUGAUAUAGGGAAAGAUGCGAUUGUUGAAGAAUAUGGAAUUGCUGCACUUGUUGAAGCAAUUGAAGAUAGUUCUGAUAAAGGAAAGGAAUUUGCCGUGUUGACAUUGUUGCAACUUUGUGUUGAUAGUGUUAGAAAUAGAGGGCUUCUUGUUAGGGAAGGUGGAAGUCCUCCUCUUGUUUCCUUGUCUCAGAAUGGUACUGCUAAAGCCAAGUACAGGGCGAGUUUUUUGAGUUCUUGAUUUGAUCAGAGGCUCCAAAAAUAUUGUCGGACCGUGUUAGAUUCUUAGAAAGUAGUGUGUUAGAUUCUUAGAAAGUAUACUACUUUUGGAGGAUCUAACGCUCAUCCAUGAUUUACCACCUUUUGUUGCUCGGACUCCAAAUAUGUUGUCGUACUCGUAUCAGAUACUCACCCUACUUUUGGAGGAUUUACCGUGUACCCGUCAAUAUUUUUAAAGAGUACGAGCAAUCUAGUAAUGUUCACUCAAGUUCUUGAAAUAAAAAACAAGAAUCUUUGUCAA